CCCUUUUUCUUGUGUUGGAAUGUCAGGCUUGCAGUUGCACACGUUCUUGUGAUUAGGCGACUGUAUGAUCGAGGGUGCUCCAUAGCUGACAUAAAUCGAUGUUCCUUGUGGCUUCAGUCGAAUAAAGUUGGCUAUUUAUUCGACACUUUUAAAAUUCAGAUUGAGGUGUGAACGAAAUCUGGCAUCGAUGUCUGCCACAUCUGCACCUGUUAGCGAGAAUACGCGUGAUCUCGAGGAAGGGAAAAUGGCGAAGACGGGAAACUCCCAGGAAGUGUUGAAGUACUUCAGUUUAGUGUGCCUGACCCUGCAGAAUGCUCUACUCAUCCUUGUCAUGCGCUACGUGCGUACACGUACAGGAGACAUGUUCAUGGCCACCACUGCUGUCAUCCUUUCUGAGGUACUCAAGUUCUCAUCCUGUUUGCUGCUCAUCCUCUUCCAAGAAGGCAGCUUGAAACGCUUCCUGCAACGUCUCCACGAAGACAUCUUCCAGCAGCCGCUUGACUGCCUCAAAGUGUCUGUGCCUUCAUUCAUAUAUACACUGCAGAAUAAUUUGCUUUAUGUGGCAGUGUCAAAUUUGGAUGCUGCAACUUUUCAGGUGACCUACCAGCUGAAGAUUUUAACAACCGCCAUCUUUUCUGUGUUCAUGCUGAAGAAACAACUGAGUAAGCUCCAGUGGAUUGCACUGCUCAUUCUGUUUGUGGGCGUGUCCAUCGUCCAGAUGCAGCCUACUGCCGACAAGAAGGACGCGAAAGAGGAGAAAGUGACCACAGAACAGAAUCCAGUCAAAGGUCUCAUAGCAGUCAUCAUAUCAUGCGUCAUGUCAGGGUUUGCCGGUGUAUACUUUGAGAAGAUUCUUAAAGGCACAAACCAGUCUGUCUGGCUGAGGAAUGUCCAGCUGGGCAUGCUGGGCAGUGUCAUAGGCGUCAUCACCAUGUUGAUAAAGGAUGGAGAGAGUGUAAAAGAAAAAGGGUUUUUCUUUGGAUACGAUGGAGUGGUAAUGUUUCUUGUGUGCCUGCAGUCGUUUGGGGGCCUGCUUGUAGCCGUUGUCGUGAAGUAUGCAGACAAUAUUCUGAAGGGUUUCGCCACCUCGGCAGCCAUUGUGAUAUCCUGCAUCGCAUCCAUAUACUUCUUCAAGUUCCAGUUAUCCAUUCAGUUUGUUGUGGGUGCUUCGUUUGUCAUGCUGGCGGUGUAUAUCUACAGUAGAUUUGUCCCUGCACCACCCAAAGGAUCGCAGUCGGCUUAAAUUUGUGAAGAUAUAGACACUAUUCAUGAAGUGACAAAACCAUUUGUGCAUCUAUUUCAACUGCUGGUGAUGAUCAUUAAAGACAUUAGAGGACAGACAGUCAUCAACAAAAGUUUGGCAUUGUCAUGUUUUAUGGGGUUCAAUUCACUGUUAUUUGUCUUGUAUUAAAUGGGUGGGGGCUAAUAUGUUGAUCACUGAAGACAUGAGAGGACGAACAGACCGUCAUCAACAAGUCUUGUGGUUGUCAUGUUUGGUGGGGCUAGAUUCGUGGUUAUUUUUUUUGUUAUUAAGCAUAUGUGGGCUUAUUUCUUGUUGAUCAUCGAAGACAUUAGAGAACAUACAGACCGUCAUCAACAAGUCUUUGUUGUUGUCAUGUUUGGUGGGGCUCGAUUCGUGGUAAUUUUGUUUUGUUAUUAAGCGUAUGUGGGCUUAUUUCUUGUUGAUCAUCGAAGACAUAAGAGAAUAUACAGACUGUCAGCAACAAUUCUUUGUUAUGGUCAUGGGGGGCACAAUGUGCUGUUAUUUUUCUUUUAUUAAACAACAAAGUAUGUGGGCUUAUAUCAUGUAUAUUACCAUGUCUGGGACGUGUUGUUUGCUUUGUUGUUUAAUUUAAGAUAACUAACAAUGAUAAUGCUGGCACACUGAUAUGGUUGGUGAUACUGUAGAAUGUUGAACUGCUAGCAUGAUUUAGAAGAUAAUUUUUUUAAUAAUCUGUUCACAACGCAGAUCAUGCAUUUAGGGCCCUUUCAGAUGUGAAAUAUUUAGGUUAUGAAUCUCAUUUUAAAAGGGACAAGAGUUUUUGGUGCCACGGUAUAACAGAUCAACAGAUCCGCUUCAUAAUCAGAUCAUUGUGCAAGAUCCAUCCAGACAUUAUCAUGAUUAUCAUCCAUUGAUCAGACAUUCUUCUAUUAUUUCAUUACACAAUUUAUAUUUUUUCUCAUAACCAACCUCAACCAGUAGGAGAACAGGCAAGCGAAAUUAAAAAAAUUAAAAUUAAGAAUAAUGUUAUAUGAUAUAACUUAUUUUAUGACAUUUUAAAGUUUAAAAUACUUGGCACCAGGGGGUUGCACCCUCAUAAUUAGCAGUUUUAGUUUUUUCCUCAUUGUUAUUAUAUUUCACAAGGUAUGCCGUUGUAUACAAUCAUGGUACAUGUAUGUCAAAAUGUGAAAUUUUCCAAAUAUAUUUGUUGAGACGAUGCGAGAGAUAAUCACUGCCGCACAGAUGCAGACUACUAAUUUUUGUUGACCAGCCUGGUUACCAGGUUUACACUGACAUGUAUUUCUAUUCUGAGUAUCAUGUGACUGUAUCAGUAAUCAUGGUAAUGUUCAUUGGUUGUAUGUGGUGCAGCGGAGUGUCAGCUCUGUUUCAACAUGUUCCAAUCUAUCCCGGAUGCUUUGUCUAGUCUGUUUUCUGCGUACAAUUGGCACAAAAUUUGUAGGAAAUAUUAACGUGUGUGUGUGUGUGUGUGUGUGUGUGUGUGUGUGUGUGUGUGUGUGUGUGUGUGUGUGUGUGUGUGUGUGUGUGUGUGUGUGUGUGUGUGUGUGUGUGAACUGACACUAUUUCUUACACGAAAUCGACAUACUUUGAAAUAUUUGUUGAUAAAUUAUUUUUGUACUUAUUUUAUUAAUAUAUUACACCCCAAAACUACAUUGUAAAUAUUUCCCAUGUGAAUAAUGGACUGUGUAACAUUAACUAUGAGCUAUCAAUGCUAACUCUUAAGUUCUAACGUAAAGGAUGAGAUAGGGUAAGAGCCCAUUUUGAGGUUGCGGAAAACUUUGAAAUAUCUUUAUGAACAUUAUCAGACAUGGCUGACAACUAACUUUUUCUUUCUUUCACUUGCAUGUUUUGGACUUAUGACAUGUUCAAGUACACUAAUAUGUCUAGAAUGUGUGAAAAAAUCUGUUAACCAAGAUGAAUUUUUUACCAUAUAUUUGUAAUGUUUUUUUAGGUACAUCUGUGAAAAUCAGCUUGGGCCAAAGACUUUCUCAUGUUAAAAUAGAAGAAAGGCACUUCAUGAAAGCCCCUAAAAUCAGCCUUUGGGACAUAUUUUAUCCUUACCUAUGCACUUAGUGUUGCCAUUAUCCCAAAACAUGCAACUGUUUAAGUGAGUCUAGUUCUCAUUCAUAUGAACAUACCUGAAACUUUCAUAAUUUCUAAAGAUUUGCUCAAUUUUUAAAUCAUGCAGUUCAUGUGGGACAAAAAUAGACUCAUCCUACCUUGGCCUUUGAUACUGAAUAUUACAGUAGCACAAUCCUGCCAGUUUUCAGUGUGAUUAUAUAGUCUCAAUCUGCACCUUAGGCAUGCUGAUAAAACUAGCAUGGAAUCAUUUACCAGAGCAAUUGAGACAGAUUUAUUGUUACUGUCAUGUAAUUUAUUCAAGCCCAAGGCAGUUGAUAGAUGUAUCCCAAGAUUUUGUCUGAUGUCGCUUGAGACCUGUCAUAUCCUGAUGGAAAUAUCUCCGAUUCAAAAUGGCCAUCUACAGAAAUCCCACACGAAUGUCAGAUAAGAUAAAUGAAGUCCAUUGCUGCUUUGAUUUAUGUUUUAACCUGUUUGACAUGUUUCACAAAUUCUUUUAUUUCUUUGAAUUUUGUUUUUAUUUCAAGAUCUUUAUUAAAAUCAUUUAAGCAAUAUAUACAAAUUUUCACCAGGGUCACUUAGUUCCAUUGUCCUUAUAUCAAAGUUUCUUUUCCACCCUUGCCAUUUCAAGCCUACUGAUUUUGGCUUGAUCUCGGUGCCACCCCGUGUAGAACACAAGUUGUGUCCCUUGUGAUCAGAAAACAAAACAAAUUGAAGCAUGUAACAAUACACAUAGUGGCAAAAUUACGAUCAGCAAGAACGUUCUAGCAAUAUCACAGCAUGGGACACCAGAAAUGGGCUUCAUACAUUGUACUCAAGUGGGGAAUCAAACCCGGGUCUUUGGCAUGGAGAUUAAACGCUUUAACCACUAGGCUGCCCCACUAAGUACAUAUACAACGUACAUACACACAAGUGAAAUCCAUGCAAUACAACAAGAUCGCACUGAUUCAUCUGCUGUGUGUUUCCACGAUGGUAUGUCAGCCCAAAUAUUGAUUUCUUUGUCAAUGACUAUCCUUCCAAAACAUAUGUUCUUGUUAAUGAUCACGCUUGUGAAUGAAAUUUCAUUCACAAAGAAUCUCUAACUUGGACGUAGUUGGCGUGUGUCUGGACUGUCUGGUGAAUUAUUGAACCCAUCACUAAUCAGUUAUUCCAUUUGUUCUGAGCUGAACUACACUAUAAGUUGUAGCAGGAUCAUGAGGGGAAUGAGCCGGAGGCGAGUGGUAUAAAACCUAACGAGGGAUGCAUAAAACCCCAUGUACCCCGAGUGAUCCUGCUGCAAUGAAUUUCUCUUACCGACAUGUUUUAAUGUGAUAUUGUAAAAUGAUUGAGCUGAGGUUAGCUUGCGGUAUGUCAUGUGACAUCCAUUGACUCGGAAAAAGCGUGCAGCUUUUUGCUUUCCCCCUUUUAGAAAUUCAUGUGCAGCCUGUAGUGCCUGUGGCGGGGUAUAAGUGAUUUAUUCCCCCGCUGAGAAAUUUAUAACCCCUCAGAUCUCAUCAUUCUGACAUGGAGGCAUGAUAAUAAGUCUUGGUUGUAUCUGUCACUUACGUUAAUGAUAUCUUUCUGAACAUUUCUCAGUGCAAUUUCAAUUCCUGAUAUAUGGAGUUUGGAGUCUUAUUUUACUAGUUCUGUUAUUUAGAUUGUUUAAACAGUGUUCCUACUGCAUUCCUAUCAUUUACUUCAUGCUACAUUCUGCACCAUUAUGAUAAGGACAUUCUGCACAGUAUCACGAUUAGGACAUUCUACACCGUAAGGACAUUCUACACCUUUAGGACAUUCUGCACCAUUAGGACAUUCUGCACAUUUGAACAUUCUACAUUAGAAUGUUCCACACCAUUCUUUGGAUUGUCUCAGAUUGUGUGCUUUUGUGCAUGGUAAACAGAAUAGAAUGUUUCUGUGAUUUUCCUGUGUAUUUAUUGACAAUGUUGAUGCACAAUUAAUUUAUUUAUUGACAUGAUUUAUCAUUCUUUGCUAGUUUAUAUAUUUGCUUUGCAAAUGAGGCUACACAUAAUGUUGCAAAAUUAAACAGAACCUGUAAUAUGUUUCGACGUAAAGUUACCUUGUUUUGCUUAACUUGUUUAAAUAGUUGUUAGGAAAUUAACCUCAUUUCAAAGCUAACAACAACAUUUUAUAUUUUUUCUGUUUUGCCACCUACCUAGUGUUACUGAACAAGACUGUAUUUAUUGUUUAUGAGGAAAAUAAUGGCAUUGUUAUGAAGAUAACAGACCUACCACCUUAUCAUGUGGGAAUGUGGAUGAUUUCUCAUCAAUACAUACUCAUAGGAGAAUAAUUUUGUGUUGUUUUAUGAGAAAAAACAAUACAUAAUGAAAUGAAAAAAAUAUCGAUCCCUCCUUGUACCUGUAAUAAUCAAAACCAAUUGCAUGUACUGGACAUAUUUUAUGAAUUUGUUUUGUGCCAACUGCCAAAGUCUUACCAGAUGAAGUGAUUGGUCUGUUUUGGGCAGCUGUGCAGUAAAUGUUUAUCUUCAGUUCUCGCUUCACAAAGCUCUGUAGCACUAAGAGCUGGUUUUAAUGAGAUUGGGGAUUGGGGAUAUCUGGCCUUUACCUUUUGGAAAUAGCUCAGCUGAUCUAUUGAGUAUUGAAGCAUUGGCAGCAUGAAUUCUUUGUCCACCUGAAUGUUUUUAGAUUUUCAUAAACCCGCCAAGGCCACUUGUACUGACUUCAGUAUGUGUUGUCCUGUACAAGCUUCUGUGGUAGAUCUACACACUAGUGCUUUUGGAGUUAUAUUUAUCAACAUCUUGAUUGGUUGCCUGAUUUCUUUCCUGAUAACCAUGGGGUAGAAGAGGUCUUCAGUAACCCAUGCAUGCUGACAGAGGCGACUAUGCUUGUUGUAAGAGUGACUGAUGGGAUUGGGUGGUCAGGCUCGCUGAUUUGGUUGAUGCAUGUCAUCGUAUCCCAAUUGCUUGGAUCGAUGCUCAUGAUGUCAAUCACUGGAUUGUCUGGUCCAGACUCAGUUAGUUACAGACCACUGUCAUUUAGCUGGAAUAUUGCUGAGUGCGGCGUUAAACAACAAACAAAGAAACAAAUAAACAAAUCCUGAUAACCAAUGACUUUUAACAUGAUGUUCAAAUGUAUAAUUGAUUCUUCUUUGGAUUACCUCUUAAGAAAGCCAUAUUUGUAUGAGUUGGCAGCUACACUGAACAUAAUAACUGUCCAAAUAGUAAACUCUUCCGCUUUGGAGAAUUGGAGUUGGUAGGGGAAAAUGUUCCAUCUAUGACAGUUACAUGGCAAGGCUGAAACCUCACCAUGUCUACUCCAGCACACUGGCUGUAAAUCUUGAUCAAUUUACACUUUCUACAAACAAGUGACACCCAGUUCAAUUAUUUGUCUUAAGUUAAAGACCACAUGCGAAUGCAAUUUUUAUUAAGUGUUUUUUUUUAUGAGGAUUGCAUACUUGUAUGUUAUAUGGUUGUAAGAGUCUUAAUGGAAUGAAAAACAGUGCAAGUUGAUAUUUUCUUGCAACACGAACCAUGUAUAAGCUAUGGGCCUGGUGGAAUUGUUGGUUUUGUACUGGGAAAACAAAAGAGUAGUUUGACCUUUUCUUUCUCACUUUAGUUCAGAUAAUAUUAUCAGGUGGAAUUCAUAUUUCUAGAUUUAUUUUAGGUCAGGCGAAAUUGAAGAGAAUGUCUUUAGGAAUGGCAAGUAUAUUCCCAUAUUGACCAAUUUCUAUUCAUUGCUGAAACCAGUUGGAGAGUCACGUCAAGUCAAUGUGAAAAUAUACGGUAUUUUCUUGAGUAUAUGGCGUAUCCGAAUUCUAAGGUACAGUUUUUGGAAAAAUUACAAUUUGUGUAUUGUGCGCAGUCAAAAACCACAUUGUAUCGCUUCAGGUGAACAAACAGGAGAUAACAAACUAUAACUGUUCGAUUUGAUUUUAGUUCAUAUGUGUGAAAUUUUGGGACAAUAGUUCCAGAUAUGAAAACCUAUGACUUGAUAAGUUCUUCCAACAUCACCAUGCUACCUCCACUUGAGAUGACGUUUUAACAUGCACAAUCUUUAUGGGAUGCUGAUUUGAUUUGGUUUUUUUCAGCUUUGGAUGUAGACAUUUCCUAGGUGCUGACAGUUGGUUUCAUCAGAGACUAUAUACUGUAAAAGCAUGUGGUCUCUGGUUUCAUAGACUGGUGGGGGCGAGAUCAUGUUUGCAGAUUGGAUUUUUAAAUGAGAGUCCUCACAUCUGACAUCUGACAUCUGACUGCCAAUAGGUUCUCUGCUAUAAUGGGAAAAUAGUUGUAGAAUUUAGUUAGCUGAGCAUUGGGUAGCUUUUGUUGCAGGAGCAAGUGGUAGUUGAUUGCUUUACCAAUACCAUCAUGUUAUCAUGAUAGAGGGAAACUACACAAGGGUAUGCUAUACGAUUCAUAUCCCAUGACAGGAUUUGUGGUAUGCUAAAUAUACCUAUAUAUAGAAUGGUUCAGGAUCUUCAUCUGUACGUGAAGACAUUGUGGGUUCACUAAUGACAAAAGAAAAUUCAGCCAGAAUGAAGUCUAUUAUAAAGGGUGUAUUUGUAAAAUGUCCUGAAAACUUGAUCUGGUAAUGAGUAAAUCACUGGUGAAAUUAUCAUUUGCAGUGCUCGAUGCCCUAGCAAAUCAGUGAAAUGUUGCCAAAUUUAUUGUAUUAUCAUACACCAAAGAGAGAUCUCGAUUUUCAUUUGUACACCCAUUGGCUAUGUAUUCUGUUGUUGAAUUUGAGGGUGAUUUUACUGGUUUAAUAAAAGCCAGAAAGGGGUUUGUUAUGGAAAGAUGUUUUGUUAUGUGCAUAUCAGUAUAUACAUCAUAGCAUUCAGUACCAGAACCAUGUGCUUGAUACCAUGGUUAGGCAAUAUGUAUUAUGUUGGCAGAUAUACACAAAUUUGUUGAUUAUGUGUUAGUAUUAUUUCUGUCUCAAUCACCGUGUUGUCUUAAUGUUUAUUAUUUAUAAGGGAACAAUUGACAUUGCAACCGACCUGUUUAAAUCAUUGGGAGUACGGCUUCAUCUCAGUUGUUCUUGUGAUGUCCUUGGAUCACUGGCCACAUUGAAAUAUGCUCUUGAUAUUGUCAUCAUACUGUCCAUUAACGUUCAGCAAAGGACAAGUUUUGGGAUUGGAAGCAUUACUAGGUUAAUUCAGAAGUUUUAUGGACAAAACAACUUCUUUGUUAAAACGAAGGUGACUAGGUUUUGAUUCGAACACUUUAUCAAACAAGUGAUAAGGGUGUUAGAAUCUCCACCAAAGCAUCACCUCAGUCUUUUAAGGAAUUUGUUUAUCCGUAAGAACUUGUCGUUGACAAUCACACCAACUUCUAAAUGCAACACAAAGAAGACACCCUAUCAUAGCUAAAAUAGUGUUGACUGUGGGGUAAAACAAGGGACAAACAAUGAUCACUAAUAGGCCAAUGGUUCCAGACUUUAGAUUGCGUCCAUGCCAACGUGAUGGGUGGUGUGUAGCUAUGCUACUCAACAUUUGCUAAGGAACACACCUUUGACUGAAAUGAUUCUUUUGGUCCUUAGCAAAUGCUGAGUAGUAUGCUGUAGCUCCUCGCCUAUUGACUUGUGUAUCGGAUUCUUAAAACAAUAUUUUUUGAGAAUUCAUUUAUUUAGAUCAUACUCUUUUCAGACUGUUGCCAUGGUUACUUGAUUUUUCUGUAAUUGAGAUAAAAUUGGUACUUAAUUGGAGGCAGUUAUGCACAGCUGCAAAUCGGGCACUUGAUAAUUUGUGGCAUGCAUGGUUAUGUUUGGCAAAACAUUGUAAAUAAAAUCUAAAUUAAUUGUA